AUGGAUACCCGAAAGCGUCGCUACGUAAGGUCCACCACAGCUCUGGCUGAGCCUGAGGCUGAACCGAGAGCUGCAGCGGGAGCAAGUUCCACCGCCUCAGACGAGUCAUUUGCUAAAACUAAAGUUCUGGAGCUGCAAAAAGUGAAGGCCCAGCUCCAGAUUGAAAAGACAAAGUGUUCUUUUCUUGAAGAGAAGGUUAAAGAGCUUCAAGCUGAUAAAGCCUUCCUACAGAGCCAGCUGACAUCACAAGGGAAAGGCCAGUCUUCAAGUUCAGCCAUGUCUUCCAGCAUAAAGAUAUCUUCUGACUCAGAGUCUGCUGGGUCCUUCAACUUUUCGCUGCUAUCUGAUGAAGAGGCUAAACCACGUGUGAAAAAUGAGAAGUCAUCCCACUACGAUAACCCACGGAUGAGAAUGAAGACUAUGACUGGUGUGAUAAACCGGUACAAGAAGGCCCUAAAGUAUUACAAGCAGGCUGGAUCAAUGAAGAGAGCUUUUGACCGCCUGGGUGUGGACAGGAACACGAUUGCCCUAUAUUCAUAA